CCUGUACCCGAAUAAACUUAGUAACUUAAUUAAUAUAUUAUAAGUUAGAGAGGAGCAGCUGGUGAUGUAAACAGUGAUAGCAGCAUCUGAGGGGCGGUGCCUCCUACAUACUAUUAUUUCUCCAUAAUGCCGGCAUACCACUGCAGCCUUGCUCAUCCUGGCUCGACUGUGGGCAAUAUGGCAAUGCUUCCUAUAAGAACUAAAUAUAGAGGACCUGCACCUCUCAUGUCUGGUGAUGGCCUUGAUGUGAUUGAUGAAGCAUUGCAAUAUUUUAAGGCAAAUGUAUUCUUCAGAACCUAUGAAGUUAAGGGUGAAUGCGACCGUACACUAAUCUAUGUGACACUGUACAUCACUGAAUGCCUGAAGAAACUGGCAAAAUGCAAGGACAAGAAUACAGGGGCUAAUGAGAUGUACUCUUUAGCUGUCUCAAAGUUUCCAAUUCCUGGAGAGCCGUCAUUCCCACUGAAUGCUGUGUAUGCCCGCCCCAAGAAUGAUGCCGACUUGGAGCUGAUGCAACAGUAUCUCCAGCAGUUGAGGCAAGAAACAGGUCUUCGUGUUUGUGAGCGAGUCUUCAACACCCCGGAUGGCAAGCCUUCAAAGUGGUGGCUUUGCUUCACCAAGAAGAAAUUCAUGGACAAAUCUUUGCUGGCACCAAGUGCUUAACAUUUUCUAGGCUUAAUCAAAUGACAAUAUAGAUUAAAAAUACAGUGAUUUGAACUUUUAAGCACAGUACAGUAUAUCACAUCCUUUAUACGUGGUUUAAUUUGUUUUUAUUCGGUUAUAUUUUAAUGUAUUUACUUUUAUUUAAAACAGAUGACAGUAAAAUGAAUAAUGCAUUUUAUUCACAAAUUCUUGUGAGAGUUAUCCUUAGUAUUUACAAAGGUGCAUAAUGGCUCAUAGCCUAGAGUUGAUUUUCAUUUUUUUUUUUUGUUAUUGGCAUUAUCUAUUCAUGUACAACAGUGAUGAUUUAAUAUAUGGGUGACGUACUAUCAUAUUUUAUUCAUGUGAACUAUAAGAGUAACUACCUUGAUUAAUAAUUAGCCCAUGCAUUUUCCAUAUAAUAAUUUCUUGUUAUAGAGAGACCACAUUAUAGUAGAGUAACCCUUCUGUAUAUUACUUUAAUUUUCAUGAAUUCCCUUCCCCCCCCCCUCUUUUUUUUUUAUCUUAAUGUAUAACUUUAUAUGUAGGACAACUUCCAUGAUUAAUAAAAUUUCUAAAUGAAU